AUGGCAAAGACCCUUCUUGUAAUUUACCUUUUCCUUUGUAUUCUCCUUUUCUGCGAACUCAUCGACGAGGCGCAUGGUAGUCGUUUGAGGUGUCAUCAUCCACCAGAUUAUUCAUGCAAGAAACGUUCUAGCCAUCAUCAUCAUCAUCAUCAUCAUCAUCAUCAGCAUCAUCAUCAUUAUCAUCGUCAUCACAAGGACACUCCGAAUGAAUCAGAGGAUCUUCAUCGAAGCAUCAAGACGAGGAGAAGCGAGGAGCCUUACGGAGUUGAUGCUUUCCGGCCUACUUCGCCAGGUCACAGCCCCGGCGUUGGGCAUUAG